AAAGAAAAAACACAAAGAACAAAGACAAACAAAAUCCUUAACGCGUUUCACUCCGCUACUUCCGUCUUCAAAUUCCCAAUUCGUUCCCUGAACUCGCCGAGCCAAUCCCAUCCCUGACUCGCCAUCCUCUUUCCUCAUGGAGAUCUCCUCUGCGGCGGCGCCACCACCCCCCAAUCAACGAUAUUCUAACGACACCAUGGGGCCGUCGUCUCCAUCCUCGUCUUCCUCGAGUUCUACAGCAUCGAAUCGCGAUUUGAUUGAAAAGGAGGAGAGUAAUGGAGCUUCCUCGGCGCCUGCAGCGGUGUCGGCGUCGAGGUCGUACGAGGACGAUGAGGAGGAGGAGGAUGUAUGCCGCAUCUGUAGGAACCCGGGAGAGGCGGAGAAUCCUUUACGUUAUCCUUGCGCGUGUAGCGGAAGUAUCAAGUUUGUGCAUCAGGACUGUCUUCUGCAGUGGCUUAAUCACAGCAACGCUCGUCAAUGCGAGGUUUGCAAGCAUGCAUUCUCGUUCUCUCCUGUUUAUGCUGAGAAUGCCCCAUCAAGGCUUCCUUUUCAGGAGUUUGUAAUUGGAAUGGCAAUGAAGACUUGUCAUGUUUUGCAAUUCUUUUUGCGCCUUAGUUUUGUACUUUCUGUUUGGCUCCUCAUUAUACCCUUCAUAACUUUCUGGAUAUGGCGUUUGGCUUUUGUGAGGAGUUUUGGUGAAGCCCAGAGAUUAUUUUUAAGUCAUAUCUCUACUACAGUUAUUCUUACUGAUUGUCUGCAUGGCUUCCUACUUUCUGCCAGCAUUGUUUUCAUAUUUCUUGGGGCCACUUCAUUAAGAGAUUACUUUAGGCAUUUAAGGGAGAUCGGAGGUCAGGAUGCCGAGAGAGAAGACGAAGGUGACAGAAAUGGUGCUCGUGGAGCAAGACGGCCACCAGGACAAGCUAAUAGAAAUUUUGCUGGUGAAUUAAAUGCUGAUGAUGCUGGUGGAGGACAAGGAAUUGCAGGGGCUGGUCAAAUAAUCCGAAGAAAUGCUGAAAAUGUAGCUGCUCGGUGGGAGAUGCAGGCAGCUCGUCUUGAGGCCCAUGUUGAACAGAUAUUUGAUGGUUUAGAUGAUGGUGAUGGUGCAGAGGAUGUACCUUUCGAUGAGCUUGUUGGCAUGCAGGGUCCUGUAUUCCAUUUAGUUGAAAAUGCAUUUACGGUUCUGGCUAGUAAUAUGAUAUUCCUUGGUGUUGUUAUUUUUGUGCCCUUUUCAUUGGGACGGAUUAUACUCCAUUAUGUAUCAUGGCUUUUCUCUUCGGCAAGUGGUCCUUUAUUGUCUGCAGUUACGCCGGUCAUAGAUUCCGAGCUUUCCAUAGCAAAUUGGACAAUGAAGAGUGCAUUGAAUGCUGUUACAAAUUUGACAUCUGAAGGUCAAGAUGGUGGACUUCUUGGUCAGGUUGCAGAUGCAUUAAAAGUAAAUGCUAGUGGACUAAAUGAAGUCUCAAAGAAUAUAAGCACUCCACUGUCAGCAGAUCUCUUAAAAGAGGCAAAUAUUGGCACAUCAAGGCUUUCUGAUGUUACAACUCUUGCUAUUGGAUAUAUGUUUAUAUUCUCUUUGGUCUUCUUCUACCUUGGUAUUAUUGCUUUGAUUCGAUACACAAAGGGUGAGCCUUUGACCUUGGGGAGAUUUUAUGGCAUUGCUUCUAUAGCAGAAACAAUUCCAUCUCUUUUCAGGCAGUUCUUGGCGGCAAUGAGGCAUUUGAUGACUAUGAUUAAGGUUGCCUUCCUUCUGGUUAUUGAACUUGGUGUAUUUCCUUUGAUGUGUGGAUGGUGGCUGGAUGUUUGUACUAUAAGAAUGUUUGGGAAGUCUAUGGCUCAAAGACUUCAGUUCUUCUCAGUUUCUCCUUUAGCAAGCUCACUGGUUCAUUGGGUUGUGGGAAUCGUAUACAUGCUACAGAUAAGCAUCUUUGUUAGUCUUCUUCGAGGGGUUUUACGCAAGGGGGUUCUGUAUUUUCUUCGAGAUCCAGCUGAUCCAAACUAUAAUCCAUUCCGUGAUUUAAUUGAUGAUCCUGUGCACAAGCAUGCUCGCAGGGUAUUGCUGUCUGUUGCUGUUUAUGGAAGUUUAAUUGUGAUGCUGGUAUUUUUACCAGUCAAACUAGCAAUGAGGAUGGCGCCCUCCAUUUUCCCUCUUGACAUAUCGGUGUCUGAUCCAUUUACUGAAAUACCAGCUGACAUGCUUCUUUUCCAAAUCUGCAUUCCAUUUGCCAUUGAGCAUUUUAAGUUGCGGACCACAAUCAAAUCCCUUCUCCGCUAUUGGUUUACAGCAGUUGGCUGGGCACUUGGUUUAACAGAUUAUUUAUUGCCCAAACCUGAAGACAAUGGCGGCCAGGAGAAUGUAAAUCAAGAGCCAGGAAGACAGGACAGACUUCCAGCAAUACAACCAGGUGCACAGGAUCGUGCUUUGGUGGCACUUGCAGCUGCUGAUGAUUCUAACAGAAGUCUUCUUGACAGAGGAAGCUCUAAUGCAGCUGAGCACGAAAGUGAUGAACAAUCUGAUUCAGACAGGUGCAGCUUUGUUCUUCGCAUUGUCCUCUUGCUGGUUGUAGCUUGGAUGACUCUCCUUAUCUUCAACUCUGCCUUGAUAGUUGUACCAAUAUCACUUGGGCGUGCCCUUUUCAAUGCCAUCCCUCUUCUCCCAAUAACUCAUGGCAUCAAGUGCAAUGAUCUUUAUGCCUUCAUAAUUGGAAGCUAUGUCAUUUGGACUGCAUUAGCUGGAGCCAGAUAUUCCACUGAGCAUGUUAGAACAAAUAGGGCGACUGUUUUGCUUAGCCAAAUCUGGAAGUGGUGUGGCAUUGUUCUCAAGAGCUCUGCACUACUGGCAAUAUGGAUUUUUGUCAUUCCAGUAUUGAUUGGGCUUCUCUUUGAGCUUCUAGUGAUUGUGCCUCUGCGUGUGCCUGUGGAUGAAAGCCCAGUGUUCCUCCUGUAUCAGGACUGGGCAUUAGGACUUAUCUUUCUUAAGAUCUGGACCAGGCUGGUUAUGUUGGACCACAUGAUGCCGCUUGUGGAUGAAAGUUGGCGAGUAAAAUUUGAGAGGGUGAGAGAAGAUGGUUUCUCAAGGCUACAAGGCCUCUGGGUCCUACGAGAGAUCGUGUUCCCCAUAAUAAUGAAGCUGCUAACUGCCCUGUGUGUGCCUUAUGUCUUGGCAAGAGGGUUGUUUCCUGUGCUUGGGUACCCAUUAGUAGUAAACUCCGCCGUUUACCGUUUUGCAUGGUUGGGAUGUCUCUCCUUCAGUGCACUGUGCUUCUGUGCUAAAAGAUUCCAUAUUUGGUUCACCAAUCUUCACAACUCCAUACGUGACGAUCGCUAUCUCGUCGGUCGUAGGCUUCAUAACUACGGAGAAGAUAGAGAAGAAAGGCAAAGUGAGGCACUUUCCUCAGAAUUGCAAAAUUCUAACCUGAUAGGCAGUGGUUUAAUUCAAAAUGCUGGAGAAGCUGAUGUAGGGAUGAGGCAAAGGCGAGUUCAUCAACAGGAUGCAUAACAGGGGAGGCAGGUAUGUAAUAGUUGUAAUCUAAUGGAGGCUGUGAGCCCAUGUUAAAGUGCCAAUAGGACAAUUAUUUUGUGCAUAUAUAUUAUACUAUACAUCAUGUUAAAUUAGAAGUUAUAAUGGAAAAAACUAAAGUUGGUUGGUUGUAA